GUUCAACUCGAACGAGAUUUAUGUUUAAUAAUGGGCUCUUCCGCCAAUAAUCCGAUACUAUCCCACUUGGUAUUUUGGAUUUCAUUUGCUGUCGUUAUCCUGGCAGCCUUUGCAAGGUUUUUCAUAGAACCAUAUGACAAGGAAAGAUGUUCAAGCGUCCUUACCGAUGGCUGGUGGCUAGACUCUUCAUACAAGAACUGGCAACCUGCUGGAUGUAUGAUGCAUACCUACAAGCCCCAAGAAAUUGAGGAUUGUUUUACUGGCACUCGGAUUCUUUUUGUUGGUGAUUCAGUCGUCCGCAACCAGUUUUACGGAGUAGCAAAGCUCAUCAAUCCUGAAGUAGAUACAUCUGGAGAAAAGCAUACUGAUCGUCGGCUCGGAUAUGAAGAGGCAGAAUUUACACUGGAAUUUUGGUGGGACCCAUAUCUCAACUCCACAAGAACCUUAUCCAUGUUAGAGGGUCAAGAUUCAGACAAAGCCCCGAACCUUGUGGUCUUUGGAACUGGACUAUGGUAUCUUCGCUAUGAAGGUGAAGAUGCGUUCAGUGGAUGGAAAAGUGCUGUCGAUAAAGUGUUUGAUGCUGCCAAAAUGCCAAGCCCCAUCGCCCACAGCUUAUUGUUGUCGCCUGUCGAAGAGCCUGAUUAUGAUCAUCUGAAUCAAGAUCGUGCAGUUACCAUCCGCCCUGAUGCUGUCCAGAUGAUGAACUCUUAUCUUAAGGAUCAAGUUUCAAUUGUGAAGCCCUCUCCAGCUCGCCUUGUCGUUCCGUUUGCCUGGAAUUUGAUGAGCGAAAAUGUUGGCGAUGUCUCUAGUGACGGCUUGCACUUUAAUCCCAUCAUCACCGCCAUGCAGGCAGAGAUCUUGCUCAAUUUCAAAUGCAAUGACCAGCUUCCCAAGAAAUUCCCUAUGGAUCACACAUGCUGCUACCGAUACCCAAUCACUCGAUGGUAUCAAAAUGUCAUCUUCUUUGUCAUUCUUAUCUGCGUACCAUUUGCGCUAUAUAUGCGGUCUUCCGAGAAACCGCUGUUCAAUUCUUCAUUAUACAGAUUGAUCCCUUCUGAGAAGGCACUGACAGCUGCAUUUAUGUUUGGUAUUGGAGUGGUUUAUAUGUACUUUUGCGAUCGUACCACCUUGUUUGCAAAGGCACAAAAACAGUUUGACCCAAAUGUAUUCGGAAUCCUGAUUCUCGUAACCUUGGCAGCUGGAAUUGUCACCAUGAAGAGCAGCAAGCGGGAAGGAGAUCAAGGUUUUCUCAAUCGUGAUCAAACAGAUGAAUGGAAAGGCUGGAUGCAAAUUGUCAUUUUGAUAUAUCACUAUCUCGCUGCCUCUGGUACUUCAGGAAUCUACAACCCUAUUCGUGUUUUGGUAGCUGCCUACCUUUUCCAGACUGGUUAUGGUCACUUCUUCUUUUUCUACAAGAAGGGUGAUUUUGGCAUCGCAAGAUUCAUGAACGUCAUGGUCCGCCUCAACCUGUUAACUGUAGUCCUAGAGUAUGCUAUGAACACCAAUUAUCUCAGCUACUACUUCACACCCCUCGUCAGCUUCUGGUUCAUCAUCAUUUGGACAAUGAUGUAUAUUGGCAACGCAUAUAACAAGAACCCUUGGUUCCUUCUCGGCAAAAUGGCAGUAUUCAUGGCUAUCACCACUUAUAUCAUAAAAGGAGAAGGAAUUAUGAAGGCUAUUUUCGAUAUCUUUGAGCUCUUAUUCAACAUUCACUGGAAUCCAGUUGAAUGGCAAUUCCGUCUCUCUUUGGAUGCUUGGAUCGUUUACAUCGGCAUGCUCUGUGCCUUCAUCACUAUCAAGUUCGGAGAGAUGAAGGUUAGCGAGAGACCUCAAUGGCCAAUGAUCAAACGCUUAUCCAUAAUUGUGUCUAUCGUGGCUAUGUUUUGGUAUUUCUGGUUCGAACUCUCUCAGCCUGGUAAAGUGGAAUACAAUGCCUAUCAUCCUUAUAUCUCCUGGAUUCCGAUCAUUUCUUUCAUCAUUCUUCGCAAUGCAACUCUCAAGCUUCGAAACACAUCUUCCACUCUAUACGCGUUCAUCGGUAAAUGCUCACUUGAGACCUUCAUUGGCCAGUUCCAUAUGUGGCUGGCCGCAGACACCAAAGGUUUACUAGUUGUACUUCAACCUGCUGGAUGGGUCCGAGGUCUCGGAUGGUGGAUCAACAUGUUUGUUUCAACGGCAUUGUUUGUCUAUGUCUCAUACUGGCUCAGCCAGUCUACCGGUGAGAUCACAGCUUAUUUGUGUGCGAAAUCUCCUGCGCCUGAGGCAGGCCGUCAACACAAUGCAACAGGUCAAGAUGGCGUUCCAUUGUUACCCACCAACCUGACCCCCGAAGAGCAGCAAUUACGACUAGAGAACGAAGAGGUCUUGAUCCGACCACAGAAACGGGGAAUAUUGGAUUCUGUCGAGUCUAUUUGGCAGGACUUAAGAGUUAGAAGUGUUUUCAUCCUUCUACUACUAGCUGUUAUUAAUCAUUUUUGUUGAUGAAAAACUGUACACAUGCAUUGCAUCGAAUAUAUCCUUGCAAGUCAUUUUGUUUUUUCUUGCACAUAAAAACUAUAGGUAUUGCACUGUAAUAAAAAUCUUAAAUCUCUACAAAUAUG